AUGCAAGUCUGGUUCAUCUUGAACAUGCUUGCCUUUGUUUCACUAGACGUGAUAGGCAUUCCUGGGAAUCUAGCCAUCCUCUAUGCCUUCAUCAAUGCCAUCUGCCAGCAGAGCUUCACUCCCAGUGAAAUCAUCCUGGGCAAGCUUUCUCUUGCCAACCUCCUGGUUAUCCUGACACGGGGAGUCCCACUCACUCUCCGAACCCUUGGAGUCCACACUAUGCAUGACAGCUUGAGCUGUGGUAUCACCCUCUACAUUUACUGUGUAAGCAGGGCCAUGAGCAUCUCCUUAACAUCCAUGCUGGGCUGUUUCCAUUGUCUCGUCAUUGUCCCACGUCCUCCCAGGUGUUUGCAACUGGGGUACAGCCUCUUAGAGAGACCCGCUAUUGUCAUGGUCUCUCUUUGGUGUUUCAAUGUACUAGUUUGCUGUACCCGUUUGCUUUAUUCUAUGCCACGCACUGAUACCAACUGUACCAAGGAGGAAAUCACAGUAAUAUAUGACUUCUGCUGUGUAGUGUUUCCUAGCCACCUCUUGUACUUUGGAAAUGGAGUGAUAUUUGUCACCCGAGACAUGUUCUUUCUCAGCUUGAUGACUAUCUCUAGUGGCUACCUGCUCUUUCUGUUAUGGAAACAUGGGGAAAUGAUGAAACAUUUGCCCAUGCUACAAAUUAAACAGGCAGAGCUCCAUGCAGCAAAAUCAGUAACAUGCUUGCUGGUCAUAUACCUUUUCAGCUUUGGACUGGACAGCAUCUUCUGGAUGUUCAACCUUUGCGUGUCUCCUGUCUCACUGCAGUUUGCAGAUGCACGCCUGUUUUUUGACUCUUGCUACUCAGCCAUAAGUCCAGUGUUGGUUAUCCUGAGAAACAGAAAGAUUCAAGCUAGCUUAAAAUGUGCUCUUGGGAACUGUGAGUUACUGACUAGAAACCACUCAUCCAAGAACAUCCAGGGACUAACAAAUGGGAAGAUUUGCAAUUCGUAA